AUGGGCUUACAUUUCAAGUGGCCAUUAGGGGCUCGUAUGCUGGCAGCACUAUAUGCAAUGAGUAUGGUUUUUAAAAUGCUGCCUGCCUUGGGCAUGGCUUGUCCACCAAAAUGUCGCUGUGAGAAGCUGCUCUUUUACUGUGACUCUCAGGGGUUUCACUCAGUGCCAAACACCACUGAAAAGGGCUCGCUAGGUUUGUCACUGAGGCACAAUUCUAUUUCUGAACUUGAAAGGGAUCAAUUUGCAAGCUUCAGUCAACUUACUUGGCUUCACUUAGAUCAUAAUCAAAUUGCAACAGUCAGAGAAGAUUCUUUUCAAGGACUGUAUAAACUUAAGGAAUUAGUCUUAAGUUCCAACAAAAUCUUUCAUUUGCCAAACACAACUUUUAGCCAGCUGCUUAACCUGCAGAAUUUGGACCUCUCUUUUAAUCAGUUAUCCUCUCUGCACCCCGAGCUCUUCUACGGCCUUCGCAAGCUACAGACCUUGCACUUGCGAUCCAACUCCCUGCGGACCAUCCCGGUCCGCCUGUUCUGGGACUGUCGUAGCCUGGAGUUCCUGGAUCUGAGCACAAACCGCUUGCGAAGUUUGGCUCGCAACGGAUUUGCAGGAUUAAUCAAGCUGAGGGAGCUGCACCUAGAGCACAACCAGCUGACAAAGAUUAAUUUUGCUCACUUCCUCCGGCUGAGCAGCCUGCACACGCUCUUCUUGCAGUGGAACAAAAUCAGCAACUUGACGUGUGGGAUGGAGUGGACCUGGGGCACCUUAGAGAAGCUCGAUUUGACUGGGAACGAAAUCAAAGCCAUCGACCUCACCGUCUUUGAAACUAUGCCUAACCUUAAAACCCUCCUAAUGGAUAACAACAAGCUCACCACUCUGGAUUCCAAGAUCCUGGGAUCGCUGACAUCCCUCACCACCGUGGGCCUCUCCGGCAAUCUGUGGGAAUGCAGCCCAAAGAUCUGCGCCUUGGCCACAUGGUUGAGUGGCUUCCAAGGUCGGUGGGAGCACUCCAUCCUCUGCCACAGCCCCGACCACACCCAGGGAGAGGAUAUUCUGGAUGCAGUGUAUGGUUUUCAGCUUUGCUGGAAUUUAUCAACUGUUGUUACGCCCGUGGCUACCACGUCUGCAGCUCCGACUACCGAGUACACGAAAAGGAUCAGCUCUUCUCAUUUCCAUACGGGAGACAAAGAGAUUCCAACUACGGCAGGCAUGGUCGUUACCACCGAAGAACAGUUCCCCGAGUCAAACAAUGCCAUCUUCACUCAGAGGGUAAUUACAGGAACAAUGGCUUUAUUGUUUUCUUUCUUUUUUAUCAUUUUUAUAGUCUUCAUCUCCAGGAAGUGCUGCCCUCCCACAUUAAGAAGAAUUCGGCAGUGCUCCAUGAUUCAAAACCACAGGCAGCUCCGGUCCCAGACGCGGCUGCACAUGGCAAACAUGUCAGACCAAGGACCCUAUAACGAAUAUGAACCCACCCACGAAGGACCCUUCAUCAUCAUCAACGGCUACGGACAGUGCAAGUGCCAGCAGCUGCCGUACAAAGAAUGUGAGGUAUAA